GUAGUUGACAACACAGAACCUGCAUCGCUCAAGGGAUAUCCCCGUUUCGAACCAUUGAUGUUGUGGCAAAGAAUCGUAAAAACAAAAGUUCGUUUAGUCGGCAAAACGAAAGCUUAUAAGAGGAGGGUUGCUUUUAUCGAGGUAUAAAAAUGAAGAAGGACAAAAUUGAGGAGAAAGAAGAAAAACCCAUGUUGAUGCUCGUCGUCGUCUCGACAAGCUUUUCUGAACAUCGAGCACUUUUAACUGCUACUGGUGCACUAUCCAUUCUUAAAGGUGGAACUACAGAAGAAGAAUUCUUAGAGGAGUACAACGUGUUGCACAGCUUGUAAAGCAGAAAAGUUUAUUGAUGUUAAAACCAGGAGCAGCACUGCACCUAUAAUCAGCAACAUACUACAACAAGCAGCAGAAAUACAUCACAGCCGGAAGAAGGGGCAAGAAAGAUCGCAAUUUAACGAGCAGCUGUGCGCUCGCUUUCUCUCAGGUGGCGAGAAGAAAAGAGAUGCACGUUGGAGAAGGACCAGCAAGUAGUGCAUCUUCAUCUUCUUCGAAGAAAAACAAGAUGUUGGAGCACUCAGACUCUACCAUGGAUGCUCUUACCAGCAGAAUGAGAAGCACUGGAAGCAGAAGUAGUAAGGAAACCAGAAGGCACCAGAUUUUUGCUACUUCUUCUACACAACAUCAAACUAUCUCAUUCUCAGCGAAGAAGAUGAUGACAUCUUCUUCUUCCUUCCGAGCAUCGUCGAAGCACCUCUUUGGCUUAUUGUCUUCGUUGCUUCUUCUACUAUUCACCUCGUCUGCCUUGGCUCUUCACAUGAGGAAAAUCGAAAAGCAACCUACCUUCAACUACGACGACUUGAAGUUUUCCGUUUUUCGCAUCAAGUCCGUCUCUCCGGAGUUCGACUUCAUGCGGCCAUUCGAUAUGGCGAGGAAUGGGGUAUUACACUAAAGUGAAAUGGGGUAUUAAUAGUUUCACUAAAGUGAAACGGGUCACAUAAAGUGAAAUGGGGUUCGCUAUUGCUACGAUUUUUCCGUUGCUGCAAGAAUUUUGGUGCAACUCUAAUUGCAGAACAGGAUGGGUUGUUGGGCGUGAGUUAGUAUUUCUGAAAUUUUCAUCUGGAUCUAAUGGUAGUGGUGGCUGCGUCUGCGGCAAUAAUUGUCUUUAUAUUUUUCUAUCUCUCUUCAUCUCGCAUGAUCCACCAAUAAUUGUGUCAACUCCAGGUCUCUCUCGGUUCCGGAUUCCUUGUCCGUUCGCAGAGUCCGGACACCUCUCCGGAUGCUAAUGACGGCGAUACGAAAUUUGACCCUUUGGUUAUCACCAACGCUCACGUGGUGUCCAACGCUGUUAGUGUGAAACUACAACUUCUGGUUUUGGGAGAUGAGUCCUACGAAGCAGAGACAGUCCAAAUUUGCGCGGAUCUCGACAUCGCGUUGUUGCGGUUCAAGGACCCGCAAGCAUUUCAAAAGGUACUUACUUGUUCUUGGUUUUGUUUUUGGUUACAAGGUUCAGGUUCGUUGUAGUGAUUUGUGUUAUAUGUUAUGUUUGUUAUUUUUGUGGUCGAUUAUCUUAUGAAGAUACCGUUGUGUAAUAAUUAUUUCACGACGGAGUAGUUGUUCGUAAUCGUACCUGACGACUUCGUGUCACCGCUGUGUCGUCCCGGACGGCGCGGCCUGGCCGCAAAGCCGCGGACCUUAAGCCUUUAACCUUGAACCUUUUUGUCAGCGCUAUGUAAUAAUUAUUUCACGACGGCAUCGAGGACAAUAAAUGAAGAUUUUUUGCUAUCUUACAUUUUCAUCUCAAUUUAGCUCCAUGACCAUGGUGUCGUCGUGCAAUGAUCAUUUCACGGCGGCAUCCUACUCAUAAAAAGAACCUAACACAAUCGUAUCCACCUUCCACCAACAACAACAGGCCCUCUCCUCGUCCGAGCCAUCCAUUCAACUGCUCCCGUUGCAAUUUACCGAAGAGACGCCACCUAUGGGAAGCAAGGUGCUGGCUUUGGGUUUUCCUUUGGGUCAGAACUUGCCAAAGUUGACAGCCGGCGAAAUUUCCGGAAACCAAGAAGUCGACGGGAAUAUUUGCUUUCAGUCGACGGCGCCGAUCAGUUACGAUGCAAGAGGUGGAGAUGGAAAUAGAUGGGUUAUCUGAUUCUUUUUUGACGUUACCUCAUGCUAUUAUAUUAGAGAUAUUAUGGUGCUGCAGUCUACUACUUGUGCUGCUUGUCCCACCCCCACCGCACUGCCAAUGUCACCUCCAUCGCACGUGGUCUCCUAAACCCUAAACCCUCUAACUCCCUCCCGGCAACAGUGGCGGCCCUCUUUUACUCGAGGAGAAUAAGAAGGUUGUGGGCAUCAACUUUGCGAAAGCAGGAGGUGGUGAGAACGUCAACUACGUCAUCCCUUUUUUUAUGGCUACCGCUGAAGCAUCCUCACCAUCGUCCCUGGCUUGUUUUUUUCUACGUGAAAGAGUAGCCAAGGACGCUUUCAGGGAUGCGAGCGCGGUAGCUCUAACUUUUGGCGUGUGGAAGAAUCCAUUGGCCUCUACGACUACAACAAUGAAAGACGCAAGGGAGGUGCCAAAGUGCCGACGAGGAAUCAGGUAAUUAUACAUCUUAAUCCUUUCGUCCUACAACGAUUACGAACAAAACCUCGACUACUAGAAACAUCUGCGACCUAUCUAAAUGUUAAUAGUGAAUACCAUAAUUAUGGUUUACAUAGUGCAAUUAUUUGUGUUGUAAGAACACAGACAUCUUCACCCUUUUUCCCAGAUUCGCAUUCCUCGUACCGAGAUCCGGGUUGCUUUUGGGAACAAGGCCAUCUACGAUUUGGAUCCUAAGUGCAACAGCACUGGUGUCCUCAUCACCGAAAUCGAUGACCGGUCGUUCUUCAAUUAUGCCAUUUGUUUUUCGAUUUGAAUGCCAAACCUUAAGCAUUUCCUCUGUUUGUGUCCCCUCACAAGGAGAAGCAGAAGUCCACCAAACCACAGCUAAUCUAGAAAUCCGGCAUUGACUGAACUUUGUUUUCCAAGUGUGUUUUCAUUUCACCAAUAUUAGCACUACUUCAACUAGUACCACUGCGCGCCCUCUCUCUUUCUUUCUUUCUUUCUUUCCAUUCCUCUAUGAACCAUAGACAGCUACUUACUCAUUUAUUCCUUUCUCUCCCUUUCUCUAAUGCCCAAACGCCAAGCCUCUUCCGUCUGUUGGCACAUACCUCGUAAAAAUUGGAGACUCGAUGGUUGACAAAUUUGGACAAGGAAAGCAGCAGAAGUACCUGGCCGAUCAAAUGUCAUUUGAGAACUUGUUUUUCUUGCAAGGGGACAAAACCAAGUGCACCACCUGCGGAACGGCAUGUCCAGAUUGCAAUGCGCUGUUUAAUUAUGAGUCUGUCUUCAAUGGUUUUCUUGGUCGUUGCUUGAUGUUGUAUAGUGUAUGGUCGUUCUGGUAUAUAUUAAUGGUAACCUGAAUUUGAAGAUCACAAGGAUAUUCUUCUUGUUUUCCUCAUGAUCAAAAUCAGGCUAUACCAAAUUAUGUCAUCGGAUCGGCACCACCUCUAAUCCAAGGAUGUGGAUUUCUACACAUGCUCCGACGGAAACAUGCAGAAGCACACCGUCAGUCUGCAGUGGGAUGAAAACUAUGACAAGGGAAUCCGAUACAUUCCGGAGCCAGCGUUUGCGAAGGAUGACGUAUUCUAUACUUUUUAUGUGGGUCAUGACAUGUCGGUCUGAUCUCUUUGUUCUUAUAGAGUCAAGUAGAUCUCGCUUGUCUUCUCUCUUUUUUUUUUCGAGCUGCAAGUUGUGAACAAAGUUCAAAAAAUUUCAAUCAGAAACUCAAUAGCAAUACAACUAAACUCAAUUCCACCAACAGCUCAAAUACGUCAUGUUCGGCGACAUUUCUUUGAUGGAUAUGACCGCGAACCUGGUGAGUCAACUGAGUCCGCAGUUGCCGACUAUCUCCCGCUGGCUCCUGCCGAAGGAGAUCGUGACCCCGCAUUUGGCGGUCAAUUUUACGGCAUGAUAAUAUUAGUCAGAACAUUAGUUGACCGCCAAACGCGGGUUCACGAUCAUCUCCUUCGGGGCAGAUCAUGCAUGAAUGAUGAGUUUCGCUUUCAUCGCGUACCUUUUCAACUCUUAUAGUACUCACGAGAACGGUUGUACUCUGCUCGUGUACUCGAAUACCCAAAAUAAGCAAGAACAAGUAACAAAAACAAUAAACGAGCAUCUGAGAUUAUUCUUCUAACACUCGGAUUCGUUCCGGAAGUGAUGCAGGUGAGGUACUUGUCCCGGGGAUGGUCGUGCAAAGGCUCAACGGUUGCGUGGUGAAGAACAUCGAGGACUUCAAGAAGUUCUUUGUGCCUCGCUUGGCCCGCCUGAGCGACUGUGGAACGAAAACCAUCAGUGAUAGUGAGAGGGGCAGCACAGGCGCAGCUUCUUUAUGAACUUACACAUUCUCGAACAAUUUGGGUCUUGCAAUGGUAGAAAAAUUUAGAGAGGUCGCAAGGCCCUCGUGCCAUCGAAGUCAAUCAUGGUUUUUGUAAAACAGUAUACGGGUCUACACCCACACCCUUGAGGGGCUGCAUGUUCGAUAUACAUGUCCUAAGCACGUACUUCUUGACCCUUUCCCUUCUAAGACUAUCUUCGUUCGUCACAUCCACAACGGCUGCGGCUUCUUCAUCAAGAGACGGCUCGUCCACUGCUGGACCUGACAGCACCCCGUCAGCAGGAGGGGCCGGCCGAUCGUCGACAGACGCAGCUUCGACGGAUGGAGGCCUCUACGUCGGUGGACGAAUUGGCGGGGACCCGAUCACAACGGGUUCACCUGCCAACCCGACAACUCCGGCAAACGGAUCUCCUGGCACGACGACAACCACCUCAGAUGGGGCAACAAGAGGCGAUGGCUCAAGCACCCCAGCAGGGACUCAAUCCAGAGCCAGCACACCAGGUGCAGCAACUUCGGGUGUACAAACGAGAGGACAAGAUUCAAGCUCUAGUACCGCUGGUGCUCAAUCCAGAGCUGCGACUACGACUGGCAAUUCCCAAGCCCGAGCAGCCGAGAGCACCACUCCCGCAGGCACAGUCAGCACAGGCCCAGUUUCAACCACCUCCCCUGCUGCAUCUUCCGGCCAAGACGACUCGACCACACCUGCUUCAUCUUCUAGCAUGAUGCUCCUGGAAAAAUCGUCUUCGACUCACAUGGCUCAGAGAUAUCAUACGGCUCUGCAGGCAAAAGCGAGAGCGAUGGACCCAGAAGAAAUCAUGGACAACAUCUGGAGCAUCGAGACGGAUUUGGGCGUCUUCUACGCGGUUCGAUUUUAUGACAUGGUAUUUUUGAUUUAUAACUAGAUAUUCGUGUUCAUUCUUGUUGAGUGCUGAAACGAGAAAUGAAAAAUUUCAAUGCCAAGCAGCAGGCUAAAGAACCUAAAAGCAAGCAUUGAUUGCUUUUAGCCAGCACGCAGACACAGACAAGUACAGAAGAUAGAAAUAACUCACGUUCUUGUACUUGCAAUAUCACUUGGUGUGGCGGCUCAGCGGCGGCAUCCUAUCCUAUCCUAUCCUAUCCUAUCCUGUGUCUCUUCUAAUCGUCCAACGAGACCAUUGCAGAGCAAGUGAACAGCUUCUGCGAGUCUCCGGCUUUCGCUAGUGCUCCGAUCUCAGAGACCGUUUUGCGAGCUCUCCUGGCGAUUCCCGCAGACAAGAUCCAAGUCGACGCAGCCUGUCGAGCUCAGGUGGAACAGAUGCUGAAUUUAUGUGAGAGGAUGAAGACGUUAACAAUCUUUCGUGAUAGAGCGAAACUACGCAUUUUCCUUCCAUCAAUUCUCUUCUAACAUGAGGUGGUGGAAUUCAAUCUUUGAACAGUACCAGUCCGGUCGCUAGUCUUCUCGCUCACUCUGGUUCGGAGCUGGAGCUGCAAGAACAGCCAUCUCAGUUGCUCCUCAAACAGGAGAGAGCAGUGAUCAAAGGCCGAUUUGCCCAGGAGGCACAGCAGACAGAAGACACUGAGUAUGAGGCGGAGGAAGGAAGUAGUGAAGCUGGCUCAGACAAGGACAACGUGGUCAAGAAGGUGGACAAGAAAGGCGUUGUCGCUUCCUCUAAGAAGGACAUCAAGAAGAAGGAUGCUAGCAAGAAAUCCUCAGUUGCUGUGAAGAAGGCAGUCCUGGACACGUCUGGAGGAAAUAAGAACACUUCGUCAUCAAAAUCAGCCUCCAGCAAACUGGAGAAGAAGGUCGAAGCUAAGAAGGCAGAUGCUAAGAAGGCUGUGGAAGGCGUGAAGAACUGGAAGGAGGCUGCCCGUGCCCUUGCUGGCGCGAAGCACGACGGUCGCAGCUCAGAGAGCAUGAGCCAUGCUAGAACGCCACUCCAGGCAGCAACAACCGAUGUCUUGAAGGAGGCGAAAGCACUACAGGAUGAGAAGAAAGUGCUAGCAUCCAGUGCAAAUAAAAAGAAGUCUGAGGCAGGGAAGGGCAAGAAGGCAUCAUCAUCAGAAGCAAAAAAGGCAUCAUCAUCAGAAGCAAAGAAGGCAUCAUCUUCAUCAUCUAAGAAAUCAUCUGCAGCCGUUGUAGACGAGAAGAAAGCAGCAGCACCAGCAAGGAACAAGCUACUCAAGAAGCACACACCUGCAGCCGAUGAUGUUGUAAAAAAGUCUUCAUCAUCUUCAUCGAAAAAGUUGUCUACUUCAUCAUCCUCCAAGCACGACAAGAAGAGCGACAAGCCCGCUGCUUUUGUCCAGCACGACAAGAAGAUCCUAGAUGCUGUGUUCCAACCGAUCAGCUCAGUCGUGAAUUCUCUCUUCUCCUCAGGCGCACACCACAACUCGGAACUAGGCGGUUCAGCCUCACACAGCCAUGGUGAACCGGUAGUGGAGAUGACAAUGAAGAGUGCAGGACCAUUGUCGGUCUUCAAGGAUGCCUAUGGAAGGUUGCGCACCAGCAACUUUGAUCCAGACACCUUUGCGUAAUCUGGUAUAGGUGUGAGAAAAAUCUUCUAGCAGUAGACUGGGAGAUGAAGAGGUACGGGGUGAGGAGUAAAGGAGGAGGAGUAGAAAACUUGACUUAUGGUGGUGGAGUUAGUACUUAGUAGUAGCAGCUGUUGUGAAUGUGAUUUUUUAUAAGUAGCUGCAGUAGACGACGAACACGAGUAACAAGAGGUGCUGAUUAAAAGCAAGAUGCCGGGAUGAUCAAGCGAACUUUCAUUUUUUUCGUAGACUGAUUCGAUACUAACACACAAGAAUGAAUUGACAUUCGAGAGUAGACAAGUUCAUUUUUGACAUUAAUAACGUACGACAAACAAGGUUGCAAUCCCAGUUACAUCAUGCUAAUGAAAAAAGAUUUGUAAAGAAAAAAUAGAAAAAGCUGAAUAGAAGGAGGAGUGGUAUGUGAAUAAAGACGAGGUAUCUUCACCAAGUGUCGCCCUCAGAUGAAAAGAAUGUAGUGUACAAAGUAGAGGUUUAGAACAGCGGAAAAUAUAACUACAGUGUUUAUUUUUUCAUGGAAAUUAUAUUCUUCUGAAGAAUACAGCCAUCCAUCAAAUUUGAGGUGGUGGGGCAUCCGCAUCGCUCUCAGCAAAAAUAACUAGACAUAGGAGAACUCCACUAGUUUGCAUUAUCGUCAUCGCAGUCAUCGUUUGUUACCCACACAUCAAUGUCAUUGAUAUAUCUGCAACUUCUACCAUUAGAUUUAGCAGUCUUUCUUAGAAGUAGAAGAUACAAAUACAUCCGAUUCAAUUCGUAAUUCUUUCAUGUUGUUUACGCAGCAUCCGAAUAAUCAAUUCAUCGAUAAAGUAGAUGCAGAUGUGCAUACAAUUCAACACCAUUAUGUCAUUCAUUGACCGUAAGAACAAUUAAUGCGACACAUGAGAUAACCCUUUGCACAGCGAACUGUUUUCAACAUUAUUAAAAUGCUUUGUUUUGUAUAUAUAAG